AUGGGUACAGGAAAGAAAGAGGCCUCUCGCAGAGAGCGCCAGGGCAAGACUGGAGAUGGGAUGGCCAAUGUUAGGACAAAAGGCGAAAACUUCUAUCGCGAUGCGAAGAAAGUCCGUCAUUUGAACAUGCUCAAGGAUGGCAAGGCCAAGCACGAUGCCCAGGGAAAUAUUGUCAAGGCUGCUUCCUACCAGUCCACAGAAUUGCCCAAUGCCCGGAUAGAGCCAAAUCGCAAGUGGUUCGGUAAUACCAGAGUCAUUUCUCAAGAAGCAUUGACUUCUUUCCGAGAAGCCGUUGCCGAACGUGCCGCAGAUCCGUACCAGGUUCUUUUGAAGACAAACAAGCUGCCUAUGAGUUUGAUCAGAGACGGUCAGGAACUCAACGGUCUUAAGCAACAUCGUGCAAAGAUGACUAUUGAGACCUCACCUUUUGGCGAUACCUUCGGGCCCAAAGCACAGCGGAAACGUGUCAAGCUUGAUGUCGGCUCGCUGGAAGAUCUCGCCGGAGAGUCUGAAAAAAUGCACGACUCGUACUUGGACAAAUUGGAUCAAGCCAAGUUGCUAAGUGGACGAUCGGGUGAAGACGACGCCGAAGAUAUUGGUGUCAUGGGUGUCGCUCGUGAACAUGUCUUCUCCAAGGGUCAAAGCAAACGUAUCUGGAACGAACUUUACAAAGUCAUUGACUCUUCAGACGUCGUUAUCCAUGUACUCGAUGCUCGUGACCCUAAUGGAACGAGGUGCAGAAGUAUUGAAAAAUACAUUCGUGACGAGGCACCACACAAACAUCUCAUCUUUGUUUUGAACAAGUGUGACUUGGUUCCAACAAAGGUUGCUGCCGCCUGGGUGCGCCAUCUGUCCAAAGACUACCCUACGCUCGCGUUCCAUGCAUCUAUCAAUAACUCUUUCGGCAAAGGAUCUCUUAUCCAGCUGCUGCGUCAAUUUUCAGCUCUCCACUCUGAUCGCAAGCAGAUUUCUGUUGGCUUUAUCGGAUAUCCCAACACUGGGAAGUCUUCUAUUAUCAACACUCUUCGAAACAAGAAGGUCUGCACUGUUGCACCCAUUCCCGGGGAGACCAAAGUCUGGCAAUAUAUCACAUUGAUGAAGAGGAUUUAUCUCAUCGAUUGUCCUGGUGUUGUGCCUCCGAAUCAGAAUGAUAGCGAGGAGGACAUUCUGCUCCGAGGAGUUGUUCGGGUUGAGAAUGUUCACAAUCCCGAACAAUAUAUUCCUGCCGUUCUGAAGAAAGUGCAACCGCGCCAUAUCGAGCGGACCUACGCAAUCAAGGACUUUGACGGUGACGCCGUAGAGUUUCUCAGUAUCCUUGCUCGGAAGGGUGGUAGAUUGUUACGAGGCGGUGAGCCUGAUUUGGAUGGUGUUGCUAAGAUGGUGAUCAAUGAUUUCCUCCGAGGAAAGAUUCCUUGGUUCACACCGCCCCCGUACAAUGAAGGAAAUGACGAUGUAAAGAUCGAAGGCCGCGAGGGUCGCCUUGGAGAAAUGUCUCUAAAACGUAAGAGAGACACUCCUGCGGCGAAUUCUGAGGAGAAGGAUGACGAGAAGUCUGCAGAUGAGGACGAAGACUUGAAUGAUUUCGAAGGUUUUGACGACGAUGACGAUGAAUCCGACGGGGGGAUCGUCGUCUCGGAUGAUGAGGACUCCGAGGAAAUUGAAGCAGAGGACGAGGAUGAUGCUACUGCAAAAGAUUGA